AUGGGCAGUAGUGGACAUGUCUUGAAUACCAGCAUCAACAGUAUUGAAAUAAAGAACAGGACAACCAUAAUGGAAUUCAUCCUGGUUGGUUUAUCAGCAACAACAACUUACAUGCAAAUAUUUCUCUUCUGUCUAUUCAUAACCAUCUAUGUUGCAGCCCUAAGUGCCAACUUCAUCCUCAUCCUUACCAUAUGGACUUUCAGGAAACUCCACACACCCAUGUACUUCUUCAUUGUCAAUUUGUCCUUAGUGAAUGUAUUUUCUAUUUCAGUUACAAUACCUAAAUUGCUCCAGAGUCUUUUUACUGGAAGGAAGACAAUCUCAUUUCAUGGCUGCCUUACUCAGACCUAUAUGUUUAUAUGGGCUGUAGGGACAGAACUUCUGCAUCUCUCCUUUAUGGCUUUUGACCGCUAUGCUGCCAUCUGUCACCCUUUUCAAUACCCCAUGAUCAUGCGGAAGGAAGUGUGUUUUUGCAUAGCUAUUGGAGUGUGGGUGAUAGGACUAGUUAAUACUUCAACUCAUUCUGGACUGUUGAGCCAGCUGUCUUUUUGUAACUCCAAUAUUAUCAAUCAUUUCUUUUGUGAUCUUCCCCCUUUAUUGCACCUCUCAUGCUCAGAUCCAACUGUAAAUGUAUUUGUCUUAUCUGCCUCAGAUUGGAUAUUAGGAGUUGGUUGUUGUGGGUUCACUUUAACAUCAUAUUUUUUUAUAAUAAGAACAAUCUGCAGAAUCCGUUCUACUGAAGGUAAGAAGAAAGCAUUCUCCACUUGUUCCUCACAUUUUAUAAUAGUCAGUAUUUUUUACUCUUCUGUAAUUUAUACUUAUAUCAGGCCCUCGUCAGCCUACUCACCAGAACAAGAUAAGGUUGUUGCUCUCCUUUAUUCAGUGGUAACCCCUCUUGCUAAUCCAGUCAUAUAUACACUGAGAAACAAGGAUUUUAAGGAAGGAUUGAAAACACUUAUAGGGAGAAUCCGGCUGUUCAGUAGGCUUCAAUACUGA